AUGCCUGGAAAUGUUAAUCUUCUUAUACAUAAGAGAUUUGCAAUACCUGGAACAGAAGGUUACAUUGAUAUGAAUGAUGAUGAAGUUGUCCAUGAUAUGUUCUGCAUGUAUGAAGGUCAACUAGUCAUAAACAUAAAGGUGUUCAACAUGGACAUUAUCCCUGUUGAACAACCUGCCAUGUUGUUGAAUAGAAAGAUUGAUGGUGACCAUGAGCACAUAGAAAUUCAGAACAAACAUUUUGCAUGCUCAGAUGAGCAGAAUGUUCAUGUUAUUGAUAGUGAGGAUGAGGGGUAUGGUUGUGAAUCUAGCCCUAAUGAAUCAUGGAAGCAAGGAUUUGAUGAUGACAAUGAAGAUGAUAUAGGUGAUGAGCUUAUGGCACCGUCCGAUAGUGAUAGCAGUGAUGAAGAUUUUCCAGAGUUUGAUGAUAAUGAUGUAGCUGAAAUUGUACCUGAUUCUGAAUUUGUGCAAGAAAUUGACUCUUUAAGAGAAGUGUUAAGAUCAAAGAUAUGGACUUACAAUCCAAGGGACGACAUAGAUUUCAAGAAGGGACAACUAUUCACUAAUGUUGAUGCCUUUAGAGCAGCACUGAAGGAUUAUGUUAUCCAAAAAGGAUUUCCUAUCAAAAGGCUGAAGAAUCAGAAAACCAGGUGUACUGCAAUCUGUGAUGUUGAUGGAUGUAGUUGGAGGAUUCAUGCGUCCCCUGUAGCUGAUUCAGUAACAUUUAUGAUUAAAUCAUACACACUUGAAGACACAUGUGUGAUGGAUAACAAAAAUCGUGAGGCCACCUCUGAUUGGAUGGCCAAGAAACUUGUUGCUGUGAUGAGAACCUAUCCUUACCUAUCAAGAAAGGGCAUUGAAGCUGAGAUGCUAAAAUAUGAUGUGCAUUCUAGCAAACAACAAGUGUAUACAGUCAAACAAGAGGCAAGAGAAGAGAUUGAACGCACACAUUCUGAAUUAUAUAGUAAACUGCCAAAGUAUGCUGUGCUUCUAAGGCAACAUAAUCUUGGUAGUGUAUGUAAGAUUCAUUAUGAUAGACCAAAUCUACUAGUUGAACCAAGGUUCCUGAGACUUUUUAUUAGCUUUAAAGGACAGAAAGAUGGAUUUUUAGCUGGUUGUAGAUCCUUUAUUAGAUUUGAUGGAUGUCAUUUGAAAGGUAGUUUUGAUGGAGUAUUGCUGAUUGUUGUAGCAUUGGAUGCUAAUAACAGCAUAUUUCCAAUUGCAUUUGCUAUUGCUGAGGUCGAAAACAAAGAGACUUGGAGUUGGUUCUUUCAUUUCUUUGAAGAAUUCUUUCGACCACUCCAUAGCAAUAUUCCUUUAACUUGCAUGAGUGAUAGACAAAAGGGGCUGAACCUUGCAUAUGAACAGCUACUACCAUCUGUGAUUGAAGAUACUAUUGCACACAUAUUUGCAAGUAUCAAGGACAUGAAUAUAGAAGCAUGGAGGUACUUAUCCAAGAUUCCAAUUUCUGCUUGGGCUAGGCAUGCAUUCUCAAUAGAGAUGAAAUGUGACCAUGUCACAAACAACUUCAUGGAUCCUUUAAGGCAUGCAUUGGAUACUUAA